CCGCCUCAGCCUGUCAGCCUCCUUCGAGGCGCUCGCCAUCUACUUCCCGUGCAUGAACUCCUUCGACGACGAGGACGCGGAAGGAGACAGCCGGAGGCUGAAGGGGGCCAUUCAGAGGAGCACGGAGACGGGCCUGGCGGUGGAGAUGCCCAGCCGGACUCUGCGCCAGACCAGCCAUGAGUCCAUCGAGGACAGCAUGAACAGCUAUGGCUCGGAGGGCAACCUUAACUACGGGGGAGUCUGCCUGGCAUCAGACGCGCAGUUCAGUGAUUUCCUGGGUAGCAUGGGGCCAGCGCAGUUUGUGGGCCGCCAGACCCUGGCCACCACACCAAUGGGCGACGUGGAGAUUGGCUUGCAGGAGCGGAAUGGUCAGCUUGAAGUGGACAUCAUCCAGGCUCGGGGACUGACGGCCAAGCCAGGCUCCAAGACACUGCCAGCGGCCUACAUCAAGGCCUACCUGCUGGAGAACGGCGUCUGCAUUGCCAAGAAGAAGACCAAAGUCGCUCGCAAGUCAUUGGACCCGCUGUAUAACCAGGUGCUGCUGUUUCCUGAGAGUCCCCAGGGCAAAGUCCUGCAGGUGAUUGUGUGGGGGAACUACGGACGGAUGGAACGGAAGCAGUUCAUGGGUGUGGCCCGCGUGCUGCUGGAGGAGCUGGACUUGAGCACCCUAGCUGUGGGCUGGUACAAGCUCUUCCCCACCUCCUCCAUGGUGGACCCAGCCACAGGCCCCCUGCUCCGGCAGGCAUCCCAGUUGUCCCUUGAGAGCACCGUGGGGCCCUGUGGUGAGCAAUCUUAGUGCCAGGGAUGGGAAGGGGCUCCCUGAGAUGGCCUGGAGACUACCCAGCCCCUACCUGGGACCCAGGCCCAGGGGCAUCUUGAACAGAGGAGGAUGGGGUUCUCCCCAACAGUGGGGAAGCAGAACGGGGAGACCUGCCCCUCUUGGGACCCUCCUCACCCCUUCUUUGCCUCCUAUCCCCUGAGACCUUUCCUCUCCCAGCGGGAUUGGCUGCAGUUUUGACUUGGCCGGUUCUUGACCUGGUGGAUGUGGCUGCAAUCCGAAGAAGGGAAAGACUGAGGUGGCAGAGCAAACCAUUCUCCUGCCCCAGACACUGUCUGACUGCUCCCCCUUUUUUGCGUCCUCGGAAGCUCGCUCCCGGAGCCAAGUCCAGAACCCAGCGGCCAUCUCCAUGGUGCCAAUUACCAGCAAGUGUCUUUCCUGCGGCACCGGGUUCAGGCAGCUACACCUGUCCCAAAGCUGAUGGGUCAGCUUUGCAAGGAUCCGGAGCCAGCUCUGGGGGGCCCAAAGUCCCCCACUUGAAGAGGAGCUCCGGCCUCCCUCCGCCUGCCCGUGGAAAGAGCUUUGCCGCAGCCUGUCCAAGUCUGUCUGUCUGUCCCCUCCUGCCUGCCUCUCUUCCAGUGGAAUUGGGGUCCAGCAGGGACCAAAGGAAAGGAGGAGGUGCCCAGAGCCUGGCACAGACCCCUGGGGUACCUUGCUCUGUGGGAUUGAGACAAAUUGUUUUGGGAACUGUGGGACUGGAAAGAACUCUGUCAUCUGGGUUUUGGUGGAGGAGCUGUGGGACCGUGAUUUUCCAGAACCCCAAGCCCAGAGAGCUUACCAUCUCUGCAUUUUGGGGUGCUGGAUUGGAGAGGGAGUCUAGGGAAAGCUGGGGUUGGGACUAGUGGUGCCAAGGUGAGGGUUUCCCAAAUAAGAGAAUCCUUUCUUUUUGGAUGAGGUCAAAGGUCAUCUUGUCUACCCCUCUGCCUCCAGGCUAGGGGCCUAGAGAAGCAACAGAUCUCCCCUAUUUCAGCCUUUUUAAACAAACCAUGUGUACUAAGGAUAGAACCCACUGCCCUGGCCUCAAUUACCUUGGCUCAAGGAGAGAAAGAGAGAGGAGGUAUUUGUUUAAGAACCGUGAGAUUCCUUCUCAAGCAGGCCUGGGUAGUUGCCUUCCUGGCCCAGCCCUCCCUAGGGCCUACGGAAGCCCUUUUGCAUGCUGGGGAGGACUCGGGCUGGCCCCUCUUUAUAGAAGCACAUUUCUGCCACCUCCCCUGGGAGGCACCCAGCAGCCCACCACCCCUCAUUACUCAGUCCCUGCUGUGUAGGGCAUAGUCCAGGUUAGCUGGGUAGAGUUAGUGUUCCAAGCCCUGGGGCCUGUCCUUAGCUCGCACAUAGUUGUCACAGAGACCCAGGACGGGGUGGAGAGGAGAUACAAGUACAUUCCAGGAGACCACUAUCUCCUUGCUGGCCUGGGCCUGGGGCUCAGGAGGCCAGCCCUCCUUCUCCCCCUGCCUUCCCCUCCCCCUGUAGGGUUGUAGCUGGAGCUGCCCACUAUACUCAGAUGUUCUGAUUUAUUAUCCUUGGUUCUAAUUUUAUUUGUGAAGCAUUCCUGAGGAUGUGGGCUUGGUGGAGGGGGCCUGGAUGCUAUUCGAGGGGGUCAUUUUCCACUGAGGACACCCAGCUGUGUCCACUCCCACCUUGUCCCUGGUUCCACAAUAGACUACUGACCAGAUGAUUCCUUCAUCUGGAAUUCCUCACC